AUGGCGUUUUUGCGAAGCGUGUCGCGGCGAUGCUGCGCCGGCAAAAAGCUGGCCAAAUGCGGCGCGUCGCCGAUGCCCGUCGUCGGCCUCUUGGAGAACGCAACGGCGACGAGGACACCGUCCCUGCGGUUGGUUACACAGGUGCGUGACACGCGCUGCUACGCCACCGGCGGCGCCGCCACCACCGCCGCUGACGUCAAGCAGCCGCCGGCGCCGCCUCGACAGAUCGACCCGCUCGAUUUGAAGUUUAACGACCCGAUCGCCUCGUUCAAGAGCAAAACCACUAUGGAGCUGAUACGCGCCUACUUGGUGUACCAAAUGUGCUCCAUCGAAUACGUCGUAGAGAACAAUAUGAAGUUCAUGAAACUGGCCAAGUCGAUGCUGGGUGAGACGCUGUUCUCGAAACUCAUGAAGGCGACAUUUUACGGCCACUUCGUUGCCGGCGAAGACGAAGUGCAGAUCACGCCUGUUCUGGACAGACUACGGCAGUUUGGCGUCAAGCCGAUCCUCGACUAUUCCGUCGAAGAGGACAUCUCGCAGGAGGAAGCCGAGCGGCGCGAGCUCCAGGCCUCGGUGUCGGAGGCGGGCGACGAGAAGAGGGAGGGCCCGCUGAAGAAAUACCACGUAGAAAAGUCGUUCGCCGACCGGCGGUACAAGGUGUCGUCGGCCAGGACGUAUUUCUACCUGAAUGAGGCGUCGUGCGAACGAAACAUGGACAUAUUUAUCAGAUGUCUGGAGGCCGUCGCGGGUGCUUCGAUGGGGAUGGGCAUCACGGCUGUCAAAUUAACGGCGCUCGGCCGGCCGCAACUUCUGCUUCAAUUGUCAGAAGUGAUAAUGCGCGCGCGGCAAUAUAUGACAGAGGUGGUCGGUGGUGAAGGUGCCGUCCUGGCGCAUCACGCAAAGCCCGACGAUUUUAUGAAGAAAUUCGAGGAAGCGCACAUCAAAGACGCAGCGCCCGUGCAGAAGUUUCUGCAGAAAAUUCAGUCGGACAAAGAAGGCGUGAUUCAUUUGUUCCCAUGGAGUGGUAUCUUAGACGAAAAUUAUGAGCUGAGCGAGACUUUCCAAGUACCUGAUAUCAAGACGGGCAAAAUGGUCAGGCUAAUGUCGCAGCUCACGUCUAAAGAGGAGGAAAUGUUCAGGAAUAUGAUCAGACGUCUGAAUAAUAUUGUCACGGUCGCCGACAAACUGGACGUUCGUAUAAUGAUAGACGCGGAACAAACGUAUUUCCAGCCGGCCAUAUCCCGCCUGACGCUGGAAAUGAUGCGCAAGUACAAUACAAAAAAGGCCGUGGUGUUCAACACAUACCAGACGUAUCUACAAGAGGCGUAUAACGAGGUGAAAACCGACCUCGAACAGGCGGAACGCCAAAACUUUUACUUCGGUGCUAAAUUGGUUCGCGGUGCUUACAUCGAGCAGGAGAGAGCAAGGGCGGCUGCUAUGGGCUACCCGGACCCUACGAACCCCACGUACGAGGCCACGACCGAUUCGUAUCACAAGACACUUAUGGAGUGUUUGAGACGAAUGAAGCAGUAUAAGGAUAAGGGGCAAGAUCCCAAGAAAAUAGGAAUUAUGGUCGCCUCGCACAAUGAGGACACUGUACGCUUUGCGAUCGAAAAAAUGAAAGAAAUUGGAAUUUCACCGGAGGAUAAAGUCAUAUGUUUCGGCCAAUUGUUGGGAAUGUGCGACUACAUAACAUUUCCGUUAGGUCAAUCCGGUUAUUCCGCGUACAAGUACAUACCGUAUGGGCCGGUUAAGGAAGUGUUGCCGUACUUGUCGCGGCGCGCGCAAGAGAAUCGAGGUAUACUGAAGAAGAUUAAGAAGGAGAAACGCCUGCUACUGAGUGAAAUCGCGAGACGCUUAGUGCGCGGCAAGAUCUUUUACAAACCCAAGGGCAAUUACACUCCGGUUUGAACAGUCGAUUUCCUUAGUUUGCACAGACAGAAUUUUAAGUAUCAAAUUUAAGUAGUGGUUGUAAAUUAUUGAAAACUCUCCAAGACCUUGAUGCGGGCACUUUGGAUUGAACUCGAGUAAAAGUAUAACUUGGACAGACCUGUUGUGAUAUUCGGAAGAGGGAACGAGAAAAAGAGAGAGAGAGAGAGAGAGAGAGAGAGAGAGAGAGAGAGAGAGAGAGAAGAGAGAGAGAGAGAGAGCGAACGAACGAACGAACGAGCGAGAGCGUCGCGUACGUACAAGUGUAUGCGAGAGAUUAAGGAAUAUACGCAGUGUUUUGUCCAUUACGUAAAAGCCGUCUAGAUGUUGCAUCGUCGAAUGUGUACGUCGAUGCUCAAUGCAACUGUGUUCGGCUGGUAGAAAACUAUAUUCGUUUCUCGUUUCGCCCGUUCGUCGUUUCAUAAAGGGGCUGCCAGUGACUGUGCUACAAUUAGUUUCACUCGCGCGAGAGCGUAUCUUCACCGGUGAAGGUCGGAGUCGCGAGAAUUGCGGUUUUCGGCUUUGUGCUCCGCUCACGACCGGCGAGUCUAAAUUGUUAAUUAACGAUGAUUUCACGCUUAAUGACAUAACCGAGCCACCGACAUUUCCUUUUCGCGCACAAUAUUCGAGAUUAUCGAUGGAAGACAUGGCUGCAGCCUUUGCCGACGCGAAGCGCGACGCGCCGGAAAGGCAGAGGAAAACAGAGAGAGAGAGGGAAAAACAAGCGCUUGUCUCAGCGCAACGCUGCGUUUCCCUUCAACUCUACUGUUCUUUUUGGAGAAUCUCGACGAAAAUACUUUUCUCAUUUGUAUAUAAUAUAGGCGCGCGCAUUGAUUAUUUAUGACUCGUGUUCACGUAAUAUCUCAUCCAUGAUAUCUGUAAUAGCGAAGAAAAAAAAAGGAAAAACGGGGAAAGAGAGAAGGAAUGUCACUCAGUCGCGUGCAGUUAACAGAAUGUGCUAAUUAUCAGGAUGUGACCGAUAUCGGUCAGUUGCAUCGUGCGCGCGACACGGCAUAUGACGAGCUUCACCGGCUAGCCUCUGGUACGACGUGGACGUGGAUAACGCGAUGAUCCGCGGGUUUAGGAAAAAUAAAAGGAUGAAAAGAAAAAACGAGACGAAUAUGCGUAUCAAAGACGAAAAAAUGGCUCUUAAGUGUGCGACGAGAUACAGGGUGAAAAUAUUAUGAGAAUUAGAUAUCCUAUAAAAUGAAAGAGAGAGAAAGGGAGGAGGGGGAGGAGAGAAUGCGAAUUUGUUAAGUACUUGGUACAGUUGUUCUUCGUAGAGUGCACGCGUUAGUGUCGAGCAAAGUAAUCUUAGGCUGAUACGACGAUAACGGGUGCGGCCGGCCGGCAGAUCGAGUGUGCGAAAUACACGAUAUUCUCUUUUGUGAUAAGUUAUGGCGGUAAUUAAGUAUGACACAUGUGCAAGUAUACACGCGCGAUUAGUCUAAUUUCGCUUCAGCCUGAAAUUGCUUUUCGCGUUACGCGAUGCGAGUCCUGCGGUGUCUAUCGUUUUGUCGUAAGAUAAGUACGCCCGCGGCACUGUGAAGGAACACGCGAAUGCUGUAUCGAUAAUACGUAAUAAUGACACGCGACUUCUGCACCCGGUUACCUUUUCAUCUUUUUUCGCCGAGGAGUUAACGUAGAUAAGGGAACGACCUGCAAUUUAGAAAACGACGAAUUCGUGCCGUGUCUCAGAUUAGAGUUUUAAGUAAUUAACGAAUCCCUUUUUUAUCUAUUGCGAGAGAAUUUAAAUAGAGAGGUCUCGGCGAUCGCGUAUAAUGGAUGUAGGAAAAUGAAAGAGAGAGAAAAAUAUAUCGCCGACUCCUCGACACGGAUAACUUAGCGUUCGCUUACUGUUGUUCGAUAGUCAAUCCGACACGUGGCUGUAAUUCGUAACUCCGGAAAUGGCGAUUAUCAGCGAAACAAUCCAGCGUUUUAUACUCGCGUUUAAUUUAGCGCCUAUGUUAGACACGAGCAUUUCCGUUGCGGGGGGAGUUGCAUAGAGCGCGCAUUCUUGAUAUUCUUAGGCCAGUAUUUCUUCUGAUACUCACGAUGCUCGACUUCUGUGCGCCACACACACAUACACACAUAAGUCGACGACUACACACUAUUAUUAUCAUGAUUUUUCUCUUUCUUUCUUCCUUUUUUUUGUUAAGUGCAUCAAACUCAUAGAAUCAUAUUCAAUAAGCGCAUCAUUUCGUUUCUCGAGCGAUGUGUACGCGAGUACAGUCAUUUGUGAUCUCCUAUUUUUGCUAUAUGUUACGCGAGAGAGCGUUACGUUUCGGAGUGUGUAUGUAGCCUAUAUACAUUUAUAUAUGAUUGUACUCUAAGCGAGCGAAAGAGAGAGAAAGAGUGGAAAUACGUUUGCGUGGUAUAUUUACUCGCUUCGUAGAGACACGUCGCAUGUGCGUGACAGCGAGAAAGGGAAAGAGAGAAAGCGAGGAAGAAAAUUUAUAGCGUGGCUGAAUCUCUUUGUGAAUCGUAUUAUUAGACGCAAAAGCUGGAAAGAAGAACCGGAGAAAUAUGAACGAUAAAUGAAUAAAUAAAGGGGCAUUGUUACAAGUUA